GCCUUCCGCCAGGCCCAGCCCGGCCGCGAGCUGCUCGAGGAGUUCCAGCGCCGCGAGCCCUACAAGUACCUGCAGUUCGCCUACUUCAAGGCUAAUAACCUUCCAAAAGCUAUUGCAGCAGCUCACACAUUUCUUCUGAAGCAUCCAGAUGAUGAAAUGAUGCAAAGAAAUAUGGCCUACUAUAAGAGCAUACCUGAUGCUGAGGAGCACAUUAAAGACUUGGAGACAAAGCCUUAUGAGAAUCUUUUUGUCAGGGCUGUGAGAGCAUACAAUGGUGACAACUGGAGAACAUCCAUCUCAGAUAUGGAACUGGCUCUUCCCGAUUUCUUCAAAGCCUACGAUGACUGUAUAGCAGCCUGUGAAGGCUCCCGAGAGAUUAAAGAUUUUAAAGACUUCUAUCUCUCCAUUGCAGAUCAUUAUAUUGAAGUCCUUGCAUGCAAAGUGCAGUGUGAAAGUAAUCUGACACCCAUUAUAGGAGGCUUUGUUGUUGAGAAAUUUGUGGCCACCAUGUACCAUUACUUACAGUUUGCGUAUUAUAAAUUGAAUGACAUGAAGAACGCAGCCUCUUGUGCUGCUAGUUACCUUCUAUUUGACCAGAAAGAUGAAGUAAUGAAACAGAACAUGGUCUAUUAUCAAUACCACAAAGACAAAUGGGGACUUCAAGAAGAGGAUUUUCAGCCCAGAUCAGAUGCAGUUAGAUAUCACAACAUAACCACACUCCAGCUGGAAAUGUAUGAAUUUGCAAAGGAACAUCUAAUGGAUGAUGAUGAGGGUGAAGUGGUGGAAUUCCUUGAUGAGUUGUUAGAAAUGGAGGAAAAGAAUGAAUCCUGAUGGGUGAGAUCACCAUGAAGUAUUCUACGAAAGUGAACACUCACCAUUGUGCCUUAUUAUUGUUUUUGGUCACCUGUAGUUCCAGAUAGAUAUACCUCAAAACUGUUCCUUUAUGCUCCAAAACACAUCACAUCUACCCCUCAAAGAUCACUUCUGUGCUGCACUGACUCUUUCAUGAGCAUGGGUUUUCACUGUGCCUUUACAGAAUUGGUGCUUAUGAGUUUUCCUCCCAAACUUUCUUUUCUUUACACAAACACGACAAAACUGACAAUUCUUAUUUUCUGGAUUGACACUAAGAUUUCUUGUUUCAGUGCUGUGCCAUAUGUUUUAACAGUGCAGAUAAAUUUGGAAGAACUUCUGUCAGAUCUUGAACCAGGGAAUGAUGUAACAGUUCUUCUACACUUUCUAAGCUUGUAAUUGUAUUAUUUAUAUAUGACUGUGAUGAUUAAUAAAGUGAUACUGAAUCCCAGUGCAUCUCACAGAUGUGAAGGUAACAAACAAGGACUUUAAAUAGCUUGAAAGGAUUAAUGAACUCACCACAACUGGUGAGCUUCUAAAAAUUGCUUUAAGAAUUCUAUAAACUUUUUGAUCUUUUUUAAAACUGAAUGAAAUUCCAUGUGAAAGUAAGGUCACUUAGAAUUGAAUAAUAAAUAAUCCCUACUUCCUGCCAA